AUGGGAUUUGGUCAAAGGUGGUUGAAGUGGAUGGAGUUAUUGGUGUUUAAUAGCAACAUGUCGAUUCUUGUUAAUGGGAGUCCUACUAAGGAUUUUAUGGUUUCAAGGGGUUUGAGGCAAGGCGAUCCUCUCUCUCCUUUUCUUUUUGUUUUGGUGGCUGAAGGAUUAUCAGGCUUGGUGACAAGAUCUAUUGAAGUUGGGGAUUUUCAAAGGUUUGAUAUUAAGAGAUCUUGUGGGGUGGAUAUUCUCCAAUUUGCGGAUGAUACUCUUCUAGUGGGCGAAGGUAGUUGGAAGCAAAUUUGGGCGAUUAAGGUGGUGCUUUGUGCUUUUGAAGUGGUUUCGGGCCUCGGAAUUAAUUACCAAAAGAGAAAGCUAAUUGGGAUUAAUUCUAAUGUUCAUUUCUUGGAAGCGGCUUCUCAUGUUCUUUCUUGCAAGUUGGAAGAGAUCAAUUUUUACUUUCUCGGUAUUCCUAUUGGCUUUAAUCCAAGGAAGGAAUCUACUUGGAGUCCUCUUGUGGUGAAUAUGAAGAAUCAUUUGGAGGGGUGGACUAAUCGCUUUCUAAAUUUGGGAGGUAGAAUGACUCUUCUUAAGUCCGUUCUUAGUUGUUUAUCUAUCUUCACUAUGUCCUUUUACAAAUGCCUCCGAAAGUGGUAA